AGGACGCUGGAGGAGACGAGGGUGGUGUUCCUGAGUCAGAUUGCGGAGAGCGCUCCGGAGCUCCUGGACGCCCUCGUGCCCGAGCGACCGGACAGAGAGCCUGGACGGCGACGACUCCUCGACGGAGGCGGGGUCCUCGAUGCGGGCCUCGAUUGCGCCGAUGACGCGCAUCAGCGGACGCUUGACGUCGCGCGGCAGCGGGCGCCCUGGCGAGGAGGAGGAGAUUCCCCGAGGAGGACCGGUCGCACAGCCAUGAGCUGUCGCAGGAGGACCCGAUCCCAGGGCCCCUUCCCAGAGGAGUGGCUCCGCGCAGAGCUGGCCCCGUGCCUGGCCGACCGCGAGGCGCGGCCGCCGUCGCACGCCCGCGGGAGGUCGCCGUCGGCCCGGGAGCGGCCGCGCAGCAAGGACGGGGCGACGGAGGCGGCGCAGGAGGCGGAGCUCCCCUUCGCGUGGAAGGGGGCCGCCCCGCUGGCCGACGACCUGGAGAAGCUCGUCCUCCGGGUGCAGGAUUCCAGCGCCGGCAAGACCGCGGCCCGGACGGCCGACCCCGUGACGCAGCUGCCACCAGGGCUGGGGCCUGGCGAGGAGAUCGUGGCCCGCGUGCGGUCCUGGGCGCAGGACGUGGCUUCAGCCCACCAGACGGAGACGACUGCGGAGCAGUUGCUUGGCGCGAUGGGCCGGACGUUCAGCCCUCGGUCGCACGCUUUGCGGGAGUACCUGGCCAGACGGGUGAACAGCCCGCAGCACGAGCAGCGGCAGCAGGAGCUGGAACGUUGGUCUCUGUGGCCGCGGCACCCCGCCCAUCGCCACCCCGCUGCUGCGCCAGCGAUGCCUCGACGGCCGGGCACGGCCUCGGCCGCCGCGGCGCUCGCGGCGCUCCUCGCCCGCGCCGCGGGGCACGGGCAGAUGACGACGCCCGCCGUGCGCCCCGACGCCGACGGCUUCGCGGAGAGCUUCGUGCAGAGGCGGCCGACCCACACCCUGAGCGGGCCGGUGUUCGGGUACGGCGCGGGCGCGUACCGCUGCCGCGAGCUGCCGCCUACUGGCGGGGCGCCAGAGACCACGCUCGUGGCGGGCCAGGCGUUCGACGUUGCCUGGAAGAUGGAGGCCGGCCACCCAGGAGACUGCUACCUGUACGUGAGUUACGACUCGGACGUCGUCGACCCGAUCAAUUGGUUCAAGAUCGCAGUAUUCCCGGGCUGCGGUGCCGCCGACGGCUUGGUCGUUCCCGACACCAGCACCAGCGCUGUGUUGCCCGCGGACUUGCCAGCCUGUGACCAUUGCGUGCUGCGCUGGGAGUGGACUGCGCACCAGCAGGUGAGCAAUAUUGAAUUCUAUGUACAGUGCGCGGAUAUCGCCAUCAGCAGCAGCGCUUCGCCCGUCAGGCCGUCGCCCAUGGUCGCCAUCUCUGGGGUCGAGCACCUCCCGUCCUCUGCCGAGGCGUACCGCCAAGUCUACCAGGGCCAGGGGCCCGAGGAACAGUACCUCGUGGGGCCCACGGUCGCCACAUAUACACCUUGUGACGUUGGGUCUGCAGGCUGCAUCGGCGGAAACGGAAGCUCAAACUCCAUUUCGGCCGCGCCGACCAGAGGCGUGGAUCCAUUGGUGGGCGUUGGGGCCUUGACGCUCUUGGCCGCCUGGCCGCUGGGACGCCGAUGA